CGAGUGACAUCACGACCACCGCCAGGUACAAACACUGUCUGCACACUCGUCGUUGUGAUCGUGGUCCUGUCGAUGCUCCUGUUGGUGGUGUUCUUCCUGGCGGUGCUGCAUCGGAGGAAACGCAGCAACAAGACGGUGACGCCUGGACGUCUAGAGGGAAACGGAAACAACACGAAAGAAGACGACAGAUCGAGUCGUGCUCAGUCUGCAGAAAACAACACGUGGGACUCAGAGACUGGAUGGAGGAAAUCCUUCACUGCAGUCAGAGCUAAGUCAGCUAAUGCUAUUCUCUUUACGUCUCCUUUCUGUGCUCCUGUGAAAGAUCAGGAGAGUUUACAAACUCAGUCAAAAGACGCAGAAAACCAAGACGAAGGAGAGCAGAAACUAGGAGAUGAGAGUGAAGUAAAAGGAGGAAUCCAGACAGAAAAUGGAACAAACUCCACUGAUGUAAUAAAACAUGCAAAACAAUCAGAUGCAGGUAGAAAUCUAGACGGAAACCCCACCAACACUGACACUGUUCCUUACCUGAGCAUCGGUACAAACCAGAACAAAGCCGGUCCCGAUGGUUGCAACAAAGGUCAAAGGUCACAGGCUGGGAGAGUGAUGGGGAGGGUCUCCACCUGGCCCCCCACUGCUGUCCAGUGGCAGGCAAGAUGUAAAAUAAAGGAGGAGGAGGAGGAGGAGGAGGGGUCUGAUGUCCUCACUGUUUGGACAAGAAAGUUUCCAGAUGAGGUGAAGAAAGAGGAGCAUCCCUCUGAUAGUGACGAGGACAGAAAGGAAGAGCUAAACGAGACAAAUUAUGUUGAAAAUUCCCUAAAAAUGACUGAAUCUCACAUGAAGUCGGGACUCUCUCAGUCCUCAAAACCAAAUGACAAGACCACUUCUUCCAGCGAGGCUGUUUCCCACACUGACACAGGGCCAGAGGAGCAGUUAGAGAAGGAGAUGAGCCAGAAUCUAAAGAUUAGUUCUGCACACAAGAAGAGCAGCAAGAAGGCAGAACAGAGGGACGGAGCGAAGCGAGCUGUGGCGAGCAGACAGAGGCCAGAGAACAGGAGCUCUAAGGCUCCAUCUGGUGGCGCCUCGCCGGACGAUGAAACUCUGCUGUCUGGAAACGAGUACGCCGUCAUGGGUCUGCUGCACGAAGUGGUGCAGAACAACGGGCGCUGGACCAGAGAGAGGUGGAGGCAGAACCACGCCAACAAGCAGCGGCAUCAGGACCGAGGCACAGAGAGAGUGUAG